AGAGAGAGAGAGAGAGAGAGAGAGAGAGAUGGCAUUUGCAAUGAAAUUAGAGCCUAAGAAAUGGCGGUGGGAAGGUUUGGGGAUGGGGCGAUGAUGGGGUGAUGAGAUGACGAUGGUGUAAUUUGGGAGUAUAAACCAAAGGCCAUGGGAGAGCCAAGCUUUACACACACUUGCUUUCCUCUAAUACCCAUUUUUCCAUUUCCAUUACCCACUUCUUCUUCUUCAUCUUCAUCUUCUUCUUCUAAUGAUAAACAACUUCCCUCUUUUGAUUAUUUUCUCUUUAAUCGUUGAAUGUUUCGGAUUCUCGAUCUGCUGCUCUAGACUUCUUGUUUGGAAAUGAUUUUUCCCCCGGAUUCUUUCACCCGACGGCUAAUUGGUGUGUUCAUUCGUUCGAUUGGCAAUGAGGAAUUGUGUGUCUUUGGAUGUUCAUUUGAAUGGAGGUCAGAAGAAAUUUGCUCAUUGUGAUCUUUGGAUAUCCCUCAUCUGCUUGAUUUUCUUCAUGAAAAACUCCAUGGGCAAGGAAGAGGGUAUGGCUAAAUCAUGGAUGCAUUUGGAAGAUACAUAGCAUUGGCUUACCUUUAGAUUUUGGAAUUGCUAUCUUUUUAUUGUUCUUCUUUUGUCAGGGUACAAACAAGCAUAGAUAAUUAAGAAUUUAUGAUCAUAGUGCUAUAGGGUAGAGAGUAUUAGAAGAUUAUCCAGUAGAAACCUUGGUAGAGGUGCUGGUAUUUGAUAUCCAAUAGCAACAGAGGGGAAUUCAAAGCUCUCUUGAAUCAUACUCUUAAACUAUAUAUGUAUUAAAAAUAGAUAACGGAACUGGAGUCGAAUCCUAUUCGAAAUACACGAGUUAGUUUCUGGGAACAUUGAUCAUGGGCUUACCGCAAGUUCCUGUAAGUGGAACAGCUGAGGAGGUACCAGCAGUCUCGUUGAGCAUGUUUCUGCAGAGCCCUCCACGUUUUAAUGAUGUGAGCUCCUGUAAUUUAGCUGGAAUCUGUAAUGGAGGCUUGAGCAGGUGUGCUGGGAGUUCACCAUGCUCGUCUUCUGGAGAUUCUGAGAGGAACUUCUUUAUGGAGCUUCCGAAUUUUCACGAGAACUCGGCUAAGGUUGGUGGCGGAUUGGAAAGUUCACCCAAUUAUCAUGGUCAGAAAAUUGGCUCUAUGGAUGAUGGUUGCAGGUUUAACUCUAAAUGUGGACGAGAGAGCCAUAAACCUGUUUCUAGGAUAGUGGGAUUUGUGUCGGGGGAAACUAGUUCGAGAAAUGAUGAAGGCAAAGUCGAUAUUAGGAUCAAUGAAACUGAAUUCAGUGGUUCAGCUGUUAGAAAGCGGCUGUUAUCUCCGUUGAGUAGCAUGCUUUUUCCAGACCAAUUUAAGGGUGAUUCUUUGGACAUUGGUAGUAGAAGUAUCCGAACCGAUGCAUCUUUAUCUGACAAUCUUCGAACUUCUGCAGCUCAUGAUUUUAAGAAAGCUAACGUUGGAAGCAAAAAUGAUUCUACCCUUCGAACUCGGUCUCUAACGGGUUUAUUGCAACAGAAGAAAAUGUUGUAUGACAGUGGUGUUGUGAAAUCAAUUGUUUUAAGUGAUGGUCCUCUGCUAGAAAACAAGAAAUCCCUUGUUCAAGAUGAGAUUUUAUCUUGUCCAGUACAUGAUGAACUCAGUAAGUUGAGUAGAAUAAGAACCCAUGUGGAUUCUGAAGUUCAAUCUCCUGAGAUGGUGUCUGUGAUACCACUUUCUCUGUCACCUCUUGGCCCAAAAAUUUCAGAGAGAAUGAAAAAAGCAGGACGAUUCCGAAACGUCAAGAAAGAGAAUUUUGGUUAUCAUUCACUUCUCGGCGAUAUCGAAAAACCAAUCGGUGGUUCGGACUCGCAUAUUUUAUUUGCCUCUGAUGAAGACGAAACCAAAUCAUUUGAAGAUGUUAUAUUAGAGAAAGAGUUUCGACCGUCCUCCUUGGAACAUUCCAAGAGCGCACGUUGGAUUAUGUCUCAGGAUUCAGCCCCUACUUCCCACAGCUUGCGCUUCGUUAGAAGUUUGAGUGGACUCCCGGUUAGGAGAUCGUUGGUUGGUUCGUUUGAGGAGUCGUUAUUAUCUGGUCGAUUCUUAUCUGGGAAACUUUGUCAGAAAAUCGACGGUUUUCUAGCUGUACUAAGCAUAACGGGAGGGAACUUCUCACCACAGUCCCAAAAGCUUCCAUUUUCAGUAACAAGUGUCGAUGGAGAUCGGUACUUGCUAUAUUAUGCAUCCAUUGAUCUUGCAAAAAAUUCCUUACUAAAUAAAUAUAGAGUUCAAAAAUCCAAACUAGUUUCGAGCAAUGACGAGUCACAAAUGGUGAAGAGUCGCCUUCAGGUUCCUAUGAAAGGCCGUAUACAACUGGUUCUCAGCAAUCCUGAGAAGACUCCCCUGCACACUUUUCUCUGCAAGUAUGACUUGAGCGACAUGCCUGCUGGCACUAAGACCUUCAUGCGCCAGAAGGUUAUUCUAGGUUCAUCCAAUGCAGCUUCAUCAAGAGACGGGAAGGUCGAUCUCGACAACAAAAUGGUGGACAACACGACGACUUUAGCCUCCCAAAAAGGUGAUACUGAAGUGGUUAGCAAGAAUCUAACAGAGACCAAUGGUGUUAAGACUGUGCACAAGGAGUUGGGGAAUGAAAGUGGACGAAGUGAAAGCUCUGAUGUGGUCGACUUCAUCGAUAAUGGGGAUGGAUCGGAGCGAAUUUUCGAUAACCGAAGGACCGAUACUGCACCUCUAGGCCUUGAGAACCAGUGCCAGAGGAGGGGGGCUGAUCAGAAGGAUGGUUGCUGGGCUGAUAAUUGCUGUGGGACUGACAAAAAACUGUUACAUGUUUGUUCAAAGGUCAAUGAGAAUACUGCUGGUGCUCUUCGCUACGCGCUUCACCUUCGUUUCCUUUGUCCAUUUCCUAAAAAGUCCUCUAGAUCGUCUCGGAAAUCCAAAUCCGAUCAUGUCUCUGCGCAAAACACACCUAACUUGGAUAUCAAUGGCAAGAGAAAGUUCUAUCUUUACAACGACUUGAGGGUCGUCUUCCCUCAACGCCAUUCCGAUUCCGAUGAGGGCAAGUUGAAGGUGGAAUACCAUUUUCCAGAAGAUCCCAGGUACUUCAACAUCAGCUGACGUGGCAUCCUCCAAAUGUCCAGAUAAGCAAAAAUUGUUCUUUUUUUCCCAACACUUCCAUGUGCACAUAUUUUACUCUCUGUUCUCUGUCAUUUCCAUCUCAAAAAAAUGGCUUAACCUCCUCCUCUGUAUAUAAUUUUAUUAUUAUUAUUAUUA